CUGAGGGUGCGGACGUCGGAGGACGUGGGCACUUUGGCUUCUAGCUGUUUGUUCGGAAUCUGAACGAAACAUCUGGAAAGUGGGAGUCGAUUCAGAUCAGCGGCUUUGUAAUGCGAGAACAUCAUCCCGUCUGCGCAUGGUUGCCCCCACGUACUCUUGCCUCCAGUGGACGAAUGCUCUCAAAGCUCCCUCAGGAAGCUCACCUGCUGCCUGUGUCCAGCGUCCUGGUUCACAUUUUUCAGCACUGCAUCUCCUUAUAGGGCCAUCACCACUCACUUGAACAGCACGCUGUCAUGGACGACAUCUUCACGCAAUGCCGAGAAGGCAACGCUGUGGCUGUCCGCUUGUGGUUGGACAACACUGAGAACGACCUCAACCAGGGAGAUGACCAUGGCUUCAGCCCCUUGCACUGGGCAUGCCGUGAGGGCCGCUCCAAUGUGGUGGACAUGCUCAUCAUGCGAGGGGCACGUAUCAACGUAAUGAACCGGGGUGAUGACACACCUCUGCAUCUGGCUGCCAGCCAUGGACACCGCGACAUUGUGGCCAAGCUUAUCCAGUGCAAGGCGGACACCAACACGGCUAAUGAGCAUGGAAACGCACCCCUGCACUACGCCUGCUUCUGGGGACAUGACCAAGUAGCCGAGGACCUGGUGUUGAAUGGUGCCCAAGUGAGCAUCUGUAACAAAUAUGGGGAGACUCCUCUAGACAAGGCCAAGCCACCACUGCGAGAACUGCUGAAAGAACGGGCAGAGAAGCUUGGACAGAGCCUGAGCAAGAUCCCCUACAAGGACACUUUCUGGAAAGGCACCACUCGAACAAGGCCCCGUAAUGGCACUCUGAACAAGCACGCAGGGAUUGACUUCAAACAAUUGUCCCUCCUGGCCAAGAUCAAUGAGAACCACUCUGGAGAGCUGUGGCAGGGACGCUGGCAGGGGAACGAGAUUGUAGUCAAGGUGCUCAAGGUUCGAGACUGGACUACCAGGAAGAGUCGUGACUUCAAUGAGGAGUAUCCUAAACUCAGGAUAUUCUCCCACCCAAAUGUGCUGCCUGUGCUGGGGGCAUGUCAGUCACCCCCUGCCCCCCACCCCAUUAUCAUCACACACUGGAUGCCUUAUGGCUCUCUCUACAAUGUGCUUCAUGAGGGCACCAACUUUGUGGUGGACCAGACACAAGCGGUCAAGUUUGCCCUUGACAUUGCUAGUGGCAUGGCAUUCCUCCACACACUGGAGCCCAUGAUUCCUCGUCACUAUCUGAAUAGCAAAAGCGUUAUGAUUGAUGAGGACAUGACUGCAAGGAUAAGCAUGGCAGACGUAAAGUUCUCCUUUCAGUGUCCUGGCAGGAUGUACUCCCCUGCCUGGGUAGCCCCUGAAGCCCUGCAAAAGAAGCCAGAAGAGAUCAAUCGCCGCUCAGCUGACAUGUGGAGCUUUGCUGUGCUCCUGUGGGAGCUGGUGACCCGGGAGGUGCCUUUUGCUGACCUCUCCAACAUGGAGAUUGGCAUGAAGGUAGCACUGGAGGGCCUUCGGCCAACUAUCCCACCCGGCAUCUCACCCCAUAUCUGCAAGCUCAUGCGGAUCUGCAUGAACGAGGACCCGGCCAAGAGGCCCAAGUUUGACAUGAUUGUGCCAAUCCUGGAGAAGAUGCAGGACAAGUGAGUUGCGGCAGUGCUCACUAGUGUUGCCUUAAGUGCCAAUCCUCACCCGCUGCCGCAAGUGCCCACGCUGUCAUGUAACGUAUGCUUCUAGAAAGGAAAUGGCAGCCAUCACGUCCGGCUGUUGGUAUUGAUUUCCUUUGCUUUUUGGCAGUCCUUUUUCAGCCAUGCUUUUUGGUAUUGAGAAAAUUGUCCUUUUGUUUUACAUACAUGGACUCACUGCUCUGCACCUGCCUUUUUUUAGUGAAUAAGCCACAGAGGCUGUGGUUCAAAAAUUGCACAGCUAUGCCUAUUUCCUGCAGGUCAUUUUCCUUUUCCAAAAGUUUAAGGGACAUUUUUGUGGCUUACUACCUGAAGGUCAGACACUGAAGAGAAACAUGUUACACUAUAAAUGAAAUGACACAUGUUGAAAUUGUUCUUCAUGUGAAUAAGCCUCAGGCUUCUGGAUAAUUAAUUUUCUUUGCCACUGACAUACCUAUGAAUUGCCUGUUGUCACCAACCCUUCCGCCUAUGGCUUUGGGGAACUAAUAUUGCUGUUCCCACUAAACUUUUUACACUUAACAGUGACUUGUAUGAGAGCCUCAUCAUAUUCUUAACAUCCUUACUUGAAGAUACUCUUGGGAAAUGUUUCUUUUCAUGUACUAUAUGUCAGGAUGUUUAUGUGUAUAAACAGAAGAGUAAAUGUUUAACAUUUGAGUCAUCAAGGUAUACUGGCCUGAAAGGUGGGGCAAAAAGAUGGGAGGUUUUGUGUCCUUCAUUUCAGUUUAUGUUCUAAUGUUUAUUUUAUGGUUGUUUGUCAUUUCAACUUAAACGAUUGUCCAGUGGUUUUUUUUUUUUUUUUUUUGCUGUUCUCCCUUUUCAUUAUCCCUUACUUACCAAAAAUAAAGCAUGUCUUUUUUAAAUGUAUGUAAUUUAUAUAUAAAUAUAUUAAAAGUAAUUAUCUUUAGUACCACACUUUUCAAUGAGC